AUGGCUGAUGUCACACUCGGCGAAGAAGCAGGCAGUGUGGACCCUGUGGUACCCCAAAUAGCCACCGUAAAGGGAGACGAGAGGCGUAAAUUAGCACCGUCAGUAGGAUUGACAGCCUUAACAGCCUAUAUGGACCGUAAGCUUCAGAAGCUCAAGGUUGUCAUCCAGGAACAGGCGAGGGAAGUGAAGGAAGCGGCUAACAAGUUGGCAGGUGCAGUAGGUAGUUUGGCCAAUCAGGCAGAACUGGCUAUGGGACGUAACCGCAAUGUGGUUAUAAAAGGCAUCCCUGAACCAUUCUGUAUAUCUGCUCAACAAAAAGUAGGGGAACUCCGGCAGAGAGUGGUCGCCCUACUGAGGGAUAACAGUAGCCCUAGUCCACUGUUGUGGAAGGGUUCCUGUGUCCAAGCACCUUUGGAAGAGUUGGACAUAUGUGGCAGCCAGCACGUCCGCGGAUUCUUUCAGUAUACGGUGGUGGAUUUUGUCCGGACCCAUUGA